AAUAUCGGGCCUCAUGUUGCACGCUGCAUCCAAAUACAUACCCGUAGAUAGAUAGGUAGGUACAGUAUGUCAGGGCUGGAGCUGAGCCAGGGGGAACAGACAAUAACAUCUCGCGCCUAAACCUCUUCUUUACUCCCCUCCAUUUCUCACGAGUUGACCUUGACAAACUCAACCACAGCCCUGUUUUUGCAGUGCGAAGUACUGGUAGUUGAUAUCCAUCAUUCAGAAAAUCAAAAGCAGGUACGUGAAGAGAUUUAUUCCAUCCCCAUCCCAGCCACGGGUGACACACACCCACCCCUCACCAAGCUCUCGCUCCCCGGCCCAUGGCAACAUACCUGCGGUAACCCUGAGCGGGUGUGGGUGGUACCACCCAAUGUUUGUUGGGCAACCGCCAGCUCGACGUUGUUCAUCUCAUAUGCUCGACGUUUGCUACUCUUUCUUCCAUCUCUCUCCAGCCUUACAGAACGUUAUUCUCAUUGCAGUCGCAACUACUAGUCUUCAACAAACCUAAGCAUCUUUCUCAGUUCGUAAAGAAGACAAUACCCCGGCCUAUAAGCGCGCUACACAAUGCCAGGCCCUGAAGUAUCCCACGGUCGCGGUGGCGCAGGCAACAUCAACCCCGACGAUACGGAAUACGUCGAUGGCGAGAUUGUGCGCCAGGGCGAUGUCGGAACUCACGGUGAUGGCGCGUACAGCACCGGCCGCGGCGGCUCCGCAAAUAUAGCCGACAAAGAUACCCCAGUAGCCCCGCGCGCAGACAAGGAUGUCGUGCCCGUGGAAGCCCUGCGACCUUCGGUCGACGGCGAAUUCCACACUGGCCGUGGCGGCGCCGCCAAUGUCGUGCACGCUCCCGAAGACGACGGGAACGACGCCGCUGUCAAGCACCCGCCGAACCAGGGCCUCGCUGAUAAACUGAAGCACAAGAUAUUUGGCAUGUUCAAGAAGUAAAGCCAGCUGCGUGAGAAUAGGGGAAGUUGAUUGUUUAGUGCGCGAUGAGGGAGACGGGGGUUUGCUUAAUCUGCUGCGCGACAACGGGAAGGCAUGGUUUUGGUUUGUUUCGUUUUCGCGAGAUUGGUCGCGAUCUCUACUACUUUCUUAAUCUCCCUCUACACAGAGAGAGAUUGUCCUUUUUCCCCAAUGAUAUCCACUUCCGUUGCCACGAUAUAAGUCUACCCUACUUGCGAAUUAUUUGAUUGUUUGCCUUUAAUGUUGCUACGUAGGUACUUGCCUACUUACUCAAGUAUCAGGUGAUGAAGUGACAGCAGUUCUUAUCAAACUCUGUUUUAACAACUGCAACAUUUUAGCUCGCCUUUUUCCGCGACAAAGAGCGCAAAGCGAUUUAUUUCUUAUUUACUUUCUGUUUAGGACGAAUAUGUACAAAACAUGUGACGGGACUCGAAAGUCCCAGGCAUGGUACGCAACCAAACUGCCUAAGAC